ACCCCUUUCAUUUUUUAUUUAUUAUAUAUGGAAGCGCUGCGCCGGCCUUCACACCCUCGCGUCGCGUGUGCAUAUCUCCGCCUUUCCAUUAAUUCAGCCGUGGAAGCUUCUGGAACUCCAUCGCUCUAACUAGCUAUCCUCGCGAGGAUUUACGGAGAAACAUCUUGCUCGGUUCCGAAAUGCCAGGGCUGAGAGCGCCUUCUGAUUACAAAGAAGAACCUUCGCGCCAUCCUGCUCUAGUCAUUAAUUCCAAGGAACCUUUCAAUGCUGAGCCACGUCGUGCGGAUUUGGUGUCAUCUUAUGUAACGCCUGUGGAGUUCUUCUAUAAGAGAAACCAUGGACCAAUUCCAAUUGUUCAAGACUUGCACAAAUAUAGCGUUCUCUUCACUGGCCUUAAAGGAAGUUCCAAAGAGCUUUUCAUGAAAGACAUAUGGAAGCUUCCAAAGUAUACUGUGGCUGCCACUUUACAGUGUGCUGGUAAUCGGAGGACUGCCAUGAGCAAAACUCGAAAGGUGAAAGGAGUUGGGUGGGAUGUUGCUGCAAUAGGAAAUGCUGUAUGGGGUGGAGCAAAACUAGCUGAUGUUCUUGAACUUGUUGGGAUUCCUAAGUGCUCUCAUGUAACAUCAAAUGGAGGAAAACAUGUAGAAUUUGUGAGCAUUGACAAGUGCAAGGAAGAGAAUGGUGGUCCAUAUAAAGCGUCUAUUCCAUUGAGUCAAGCAACAAACCCUGAAGCUGAUGUUUUACUUGCCUAUGAGAUGAAUGGAGAGACUCUUAACAGGGAUCAUGGAUACCCUUUACGUGUGAUUGUCCCCGGUGUUAUUGGUGCCCGAUCUGUCAAAUGGCUUGAUUCCAUCAACAUUAUAGCAGAAGAAUGCCAGGGAUUUUUUAUGCAAAGGGAUUAUAAAAUGUUUCCUCCUUCUGUCGAUUGGGAUAAUAUUGAUUGGUCGACUAGGCGACCUCAAAUGGAUUUCCCUGUUCAGUGUGCAAUAUGUUCUCUAGAUGACAAAAGUGUGGCUAAGCCUGGAAAGAUAACUAUAAAGGGUUAUGCAGUAUCAGGAGGUGGGCGAGGCAUAGAGAGAGUGGACGUGUCUAUUGAUGGUGGCAAAACCUGGGUUGAAGCCAUCAAGUCUCAGAAAGCUGGCAAUCCAUACAUACCUGAUGGUGAGAAUAGUGAUAAAUGGUCAUGGGUGCUAUUUGAAGCUGAAGGCGACAUCCAUGGCAGCACCGAGAUAGUUGCCAAAGCAGUUGAUACAGCAGCAAAUGUCCAGCCUGAAAAUGUAGAGGUCAUUUGGAACUUGAGAGGCAUCUUAAACACAUCAUGGCAUCGAGUUCAAGUUCGGAUGGGUCACUCUAAUCUGUAGGAACACUAACAGAGGUGAGAUGCAGAUGCAGAUGCUCCAUCAAGGUUUAAGCUGCUGCAUGCUUCUCAGUUUCCAUAUACGUUCUGAAACAAAAAACACACCUGGGUUAUUCCGGGAUUCGAAGAAUGUAUCUUUACCUUUAAUUUGUGUGCCUUUAUUGUACUAAGCGGCGUUUCAUUGGUUGGUAUCAGAAUGGAUUUUGCCAUUUUAUUAUUGAA